CCACGGCUCCAUCCACGCUCCACUUAUUCGUUCGGGGCAGUCGAGCCUAUUGAACAAUAAUCUAGCUAACUUUCCGCGCCAGCAACGAACGCUUGGUAAUCGUAAUGGGGAUCAGCUGUUUUCUCAAGAAAACCGCCCGGCAGCUUUUGGAAUGCAACAACUGAGUAACAAUUUUGAAAAUGGAGCCAGGGACCAAUAACCCAUUCAGCUACAACCUUGCUACAUCAGUAAAUCAGAACGGUUCGAAUUUAACUCCAAUGUCUUCGAGCUUUCAUAACUUGUGGUCUCAUUUUAACGAUGUAAAUCAAUGCGAAGUUGAUUGGCAGUCGUUGUGUUCUGCUGGUUUUGAGACUGGUGCUAGUUCUGCAUACCAGUUCCCUCCAAAUUUGCCUGACAACGAAGGUGAUCUUGAUCAGCAACAAAAUGUUCCAGUGUUGCCACCCCCAGAAUGGAAUUUUAAUGACCAAUGUGGUCUGCCAAAUAUCAAUGUUGGAGGAGGAAAUGUUGAAAAUUCCAAUAGAGGUUUCAUGAAUAAUACUAAUACUGUAGUUGCUCCCCCUACCUUGAUCAACAACAACAAUAUUUCUCAUGAACAAGAAUCGGUCAGUGACAGUGAUUUCUCCAUGCUGCGCCGUUGUCUUUUCACGGAUGAGCAGGGCAACUAUCAAUCUCCUUCUCAGCAACAAGAUGGAGGUCACGAUCAACUUCCUUAUCAAGUUGAAGUGCAGGACCCUGCUGCGAACCAAGUUCCCAACCUUUCUGCGGACCAAGUUCCAAACCCUGGCCCAUACCAUGUCGAAGAUAAUGCACCUAAUGAAACAAUCUCGGAGCCAGGCAUGCCUACUCUCUUUGAAUUAGAGGGCGACAACACACGGUUUUCAUACUUGUCAGGCAAGUCAACAAUUAGAUUUUAUAGCAACCAUAACAUACAUGGGAUGGUGAUAUAUGGGAGGAUGCUGAUAUAUUGUAUGGUGUUAUAUGGGAUGGUGAUUUUGGUGGCUGAACUGUGGGCGUUGUUUCAAGGUCUAAAACUAGCUCAAAGGUUGCUAGUGACAAAGCUUAUUGUUGAAACUGAUUCUACUAUUGUCUUGCCGAAUCACCCCCUCCUUACUUUGCUAACUUUGCUGCUGACUCUCUGGCCAAGAUGGGGUAUUCACUGCUUUGUUUUGCCUCCUGAUGGUAUUACCGGUGUUCUCCAAGAAGACAGGGAUGGCCUUUUAAGGUCUAGAUUGAUUUAUGUUUAG